ACCACUGCAGUGACACUGACACGGGUAGAGACUCAUUUGGAUUAGACAAAGCAGAUACUUUGGCCGGAAAAUUCGACGGCGAUUUGUCUCACACUGUUCUAAUUCUUCAGGUAGAGUACAUGGCUGAAGACGCAGAGAGUGACGCAGAGAGCCGUGUGCGUGCCAAACGCUCGGAUGACAGGAGGGGUCAUCUAGAUAGGCUGAGCAAAUUACCAGAUUCAUUGCUAUGUCAGGUACUCUUGAAUCUUCCCACAAAAGAUGUGGUUAAGACUAGUGUGUUAUCCAGUAGAUGGGAAAAUCUCUGGAGAAGUGUACCUGGUUUGGACUUGGGGUAUGGUGACUUCCCGGAGUACAACGCUUUUGUGAGCUUUGUUGAUAGCUUUCUGGGUUUUAACAGCGAAUCUUGCCUGCAAAAUUUUAAGUUAAACUACCAAUAUUUAAGGCGAAAGUACGAAUGGAACUGGACUGAGCUUGAUAAUGCUAAUGUCACCUGGUGGAUCAACACAGUUAUUAAGCGGAAAGUUGAACAUCUUCAUGUCCUGGACGGGAGGUGGUUGGAACAUGAAUUGCAGAUACCUCAAACAGUUUACACAUGUGAGAGCUUGGUAUCCUUGAAGCUCUCUGACGUGAUCUUCAUUAAUCCCAAGUCCGUUUCUUUACCUUCUGUCAAAGUUAUGUAUCUUGAUAUGGUUAAGUUUGCCAACGAUUGGGCUUUCGAAAUGCUCAUCUCAGGCUGCCCAGUUCUCGAAAGCUUAACUAUAGAGAGGAGUGCCUGUGAUAAUGUAGAUUAUUUACGCGUGUGCUCUCUGUCUCUAUUGAGUUUCACCCUUGUUGGCCACUGUAACGAAGAUAUGAAUAAAGAACAAGUAGUUGCAAUAGAUGCUCACAAGCUUGAGUAUCUCAAGCUAUAUUGUCAUGAAACUGCAAGUUUCAUAAUAAAUAAUCCGGCUUCCCUCGUUAAGAUGGCCAUCGACAUCAGGUUUAACUUGUCUUUCGAAAAGAGGUUUGAUCCCAAUGAUCUACCAAAGAGAAAUAUGAUCCGUAAUUUUCUCAUUGGGAUCUCUAAUGUCAAAGAAAUGGACAUCUCUUCGUAUACACUCGAGGCCAUCUGUAACUACUCAAGAUGUGAACGAUUACCCUUAUUCCGUAACCUAUCUUCCUUGCAUGCUGACUUCGACGACUGCAGGUGGGAAAUGUUGCCAGUCUUUCUAGAGAGCUGCCCGAAUCUAAAAUCUCUCUCUGGGAUUUAGUAAAUCUCCAGGGGAGGAGCCAAUUAGUAUUUUACCUGAACCUCAUUGUAACCUACCGUCUCUUAGUUUAUUGACAUAGGAAAGCCAA